AUGACAGACCACGAGGUGCAAGCAGUAUUGGGCAUGCAGCACUCCGAGAAGCGACAAUGGAAGCCCUAUUUGCUCGUCGUUAUGAUGAGCAUUAGUCUUGGAGCCAUGUCAUUUGGGUAUUCCUCUGGUGUUAUUGGAGCAACCGUUGCGCAACCCUCUUUCGUCGAGUAUUUCGGACUUGCGACUCGAUCGAACGCAACUAGUCUCAUCUCAGCUAUGAAUUCGCUCUUCUUUGCUGGCGCAGCCAUCUUCAUCUUGACAGUUCCCUUCUUUGCAGAUAAAUGGGGACGAAAAGCAGCCGUGGCAGUGUCGGCCGCUAUCAUCAUCAUAGCAGGGGCUGUUCUGGCCGGAUCUGUGCACGUCGCCCAAUUCAUUGUUUUCCGAUUUGUAUCCGGGGCUGGGACGUAUAUGAUGAUCUCGUCAGUGACGCUAUGGAUGACAGAGAUAGCACCCCCUUCAAUCCGUGGCAUUCUCGUUGGUCUUGUCGGAGCAAGCUUACUCUUUGGAUACGCAUCAUCGAUUUGGGUGGGCUACGGCUUUUAUUUCUUCCAGAGCUCAAAUGCAUGGAGAGUCCCGUUCGUGUUCCAGGGCUUUCCAGCACUCUUGUUGCUUGGUCUUCUUUACUGGCUGCCCGAGUCUCCCCGCUGGCUGAUGCUACAAGGCCGCCAUGAUCAGGCAAGGGAGAAUCUACUAAAGCUUCAUACUCCAGAAGAAGUGGAUGUCGAAUUCUUGCAGAUCCGCACACAGGUUGAAGUCGACAAGGCUCUCCCUAGCUCAUACUGGGCUAUGUUUACGAACAGAAACUACCGAAAGCGAACCCUUAUCGGCAUGGGGACCUUUGCGAGUAUCCAAACAUCUGGAAUUCUUGUAAUCAACAAUUACGGUCCUAUGAUUUACGGCGCACUCGGUUUCGGAGUCGAGACACAGCUCAUCUAUGCAGCUGCUUGGCUCACCUUGGGCUGGGGCGGUGGCUGUCUGGCACUUUUCGUCGUCGACAAGAUUCCGAGGCCUAAGUUCAUCGGCUACGGUCUCCUUACUUGCCAAGCCUGCCUGAUAAUCGAAGCAGCGUUGGUAGCCAACUUUGCGGGCUCAGACAACAAGACAGCCCUCCGAGCUUGUGUCGCGAUGCUCUUUUUGUUUGUCUUCAUCUACGAGUUUGCGUUGGACAGUGCCCAGUUUGUUUACUUGGGUGAACUGUUUCCAACUCAUAUACGAGCAAAGGGUGUCUCGCUGGGCUGUGGAACACUGGCACUGAUGAACGUCAUCUGGCUAUCUGCUGCACCCACUGCUUUCGCCUCGAUUGGCUGGAAGUUCUACCUAUGCUUUAUCAUUCCAGGAUGCUUUUGUGCCGCUAUGAUUCUGUAUUAUUUCCCUGACACGCUGGGUUUGCCGCUUGAAGAAAUCAAUGCUAUUUUUGAGGACGACUAUAGAGAUAGCAUUGUUGGCAUUGAAGAGGGAAAUGUAAAGGGGUCGUUCUCAGACAAGAGCCCUAAGGAAGUGGGUAGCAAGUUCACCGCUGCCCAGGAACAAUUCCACGAGGAUUUCGGCAAGAUCAAAGGCCACAUGGUGGUCAUCGCUGUACUGCCAAAUGGACAAUACGGGACAGCAUCUGCCGCCACUGUGGCCAAGGACAUGAUACGCAGCUUUCGUAACAUUCGAUUCGGUCUUAUGGUCGGGAUUGGCGGCGGGGCCCCUACUAAAGACCAUGAUAUUCGCUUGGGAGAUGUUGUGGUCAGCUCACCUACGGCGGGCCAAAGUGGUAUCUUUCAACACGACUUCGGGAAAGCUACAAAAGAAGGGUUCCAGCACACGGCGUCUCACAAUAAACCACCACCUUUAUUACUCGCUGCAGUAGCGGGGCUCAAGACCCAAUACGAGAGAAAGGGCCUUCAGAUCCAUGACAAGGUCAGCACCAUCAUCUCAAACAACAAGAGAUUGAGUGCCAAGUAUGGACGUCCAGAGGUUCCAGAUUCUCUUUUUUCACCUUCAGUUGGUCAUAAGAGUGCACCAUGUCAUGAGUCUUGUGUAACGGCCCCGACUGAUCUCAUAGAUCGCACCCCACGACAAGAACCUCUGGAAAAUGUUGAAGUCCACUACGGUACCAUUGCUUCGGGCGAUACUCUAAUGAAAAAUGCUGCUAAGCGAGAUGAGCUUGCUUCCAAGGCAGACAUUCUAUGUUUCGAAAUGGAAGCUGCUGGACUGAUGGAUGGAUUUCGAUGUCUCAUCAUUCGCGGAAUCUGCGACUAUUGUGACUCUCAUAAGAAUGAUGAAUGGCAAGGCUAUGCAGCUAUGACAGCGGCUGUAUAUGCUAAAUUGAUUCUUGGCCGAAUACGCCCAGAGGCUGUUGCAAGGGAACAGAUUAUGAUCUCAAAGGUUGAUGAAGUUAUUUCCAGCGUGGAGGAUCUGAAACGAUCCAUUGCAGAACAGGAGGUACUGGACUGGCUGUCAGAUGAAGACUACGGCACUUAUCAGCUCGACGAACGCAGUAAAAGGGCUCCGGGAACGUGCCAAUGGUUUCUGGACUUGCCGGAAUAUCAGUCUUGGGUCCAACAGAAGGGCAAAGUCCUUUUCUGCCCGGGCAUCGCCGGGGCUGGAAAGACGAUCCUUGCAUCUGCCGUCAUCGAAAGCCUUUAUUCCUGCUUUGAGAAAGAUACAAAUACUGCCAUUGCUUAUGUUUACUGCCUAUAUAACCGUGUCGAUCAGCAAAACUUCAACAAAUUGCGGGCAAGUUUGCUGCGACAGCUUUGUGAGCGACUGUCUCCUCUGCCCGAGGGCAUCAUGCAGCUUUACCACGAAUAUAAGCCUCGACGGGUGGAGCUCCCUCCUGAAAGGAUUACUUCAGAGCUCAAAGUCGUAUCAGGCCUGUUUUCAAAAGUCUUUAUGGUUGUUGAUGCGUUAGAUGAGUGGGCAGUGGAACACGGCGACCUCUACUCACUACCAGCCGAGCUUCUCCUCCUUCAACGGAAAUUGGCCAUAAAUCUACUGGCCACCUCCCGGCCAAUCCCCCUCAUUUCUAAUCAGUUCAACGACUACCCUUCGGUUUCCAUCACUGCUCAACAACAAGAUAUUUACGCUUACGUUGACAGCUUUCGGUGGCCAGAGUCGAGCUGCAUUGGUAAAAUAGCAGAAUUACAAGGCUUGGUAAAACAGGUCAUAUCACAAAUUGUUAGGGGGAUGUUUCUUCUGGCAAGGCUAUAUCUCCAUUCACUGGUAAACGAGACCUCUGAAAGAGAUGUUAAGGAUGCUCUACAGCGAUUCGAAUACCGAGCAAAGGACAACGAUAUCGAUCCAAAGUUCAAUAUCGUGGACCAGGCAUAUAGUGAUACGGUCAAACGGCUCAGAGAGCAACAUCAAAACUCUAGUGACCUAGCUUUCCGGGUCCUUGCCUGGAUAUGUUGCACUGGCUGGAAGCUACCAAUUUACGCAAUCCGAGAUGGCCUUGCCUUACGAGAAGGAGACACAGCUUUACGUGCGGAUGCCAUAGUUGACGAACAGUUAUUGCUCUCUGUAUGCUGUGGCUUGGUCGAGAUUACAAAGACAAGCAGAAAAAGAAAGAGGGAACUACGGCUCGCUCACUACACCACCGAAACCAUUUUCCGGCGUAAUCGGCAUUUGAUUGAUGAGUAUUUCCUCGCCCGCUAUUCACUUGAUAGUCGAUUACCUUCAAACGCCGAUGCCUAUCUUGCAAGGCAGUGUAUCACUUGUUUGUCUAUCGGCCUGCCGGACCUACGAGUUCCGGACCAUGGAGUUGUUGGCGAUGAAAGACGGCGGUGUUACAUUAUGUUCGACUCUUCCAUCUUUUCACAGCUCCGCGAAAAUUAUUCUCCUAAGAACAUAUUCAACUGGGGCUACCACGUGCGACGGAUCUCGCCCUUGGACCAAGUCUUUAAGACAUCCAUCGACUUCCUCCAAGCAUGUGGGAUAGCGGGCCAGGCUGUCAUUAGGAUUCUGACUGAUGCAAAGUGGAGCCAAGCAAUACAAGUAUCCCGAGAUAUGAUUGAUUUGCACCUGGCUGCGCUUUUCGGGGUUAGCGAAGUGGUAGAGUCGGUGAGGGAGAAUCUUGACAUCAAUGCAAGAGAUAGUUGUGGCCGGACUGCACUCGUUUGGGUACUAGAGUGUUUGGCAUUCGAAUUUGAGUUCAACUCUGACUACAGGAGGUCAGAAGAACUAAAUCUCGACAUAUACGACGGAAUUGGAAAUUCUCAUCGUCGUGUUGUCAAGGCUUUAUUGAGUUCGGGUGCUGACCCACACAUACCUGGAUAUAAUGGAGACACUGCCCUACACAUGGCCGCCAUCCUAGGAGAUGUCGAGAUCGUUCAAAACCUUCUCGACUAUGGAGUAGAAACUCACACAUCGAAUGAAUAUGGCUAUAUCCCUCUUGUAUUAGCGGUGCGGUAUGGUAAGGAGUCGACUUACAUGAAGCUCUUGGAGCGUGGUGCGGUCGACGCCUGUGGAGAAAACAGCCGCACAGCCCUCAUGGAGGCUGCCUUUGUUGGAGACUUGGCCCUAUUGGAACAGAUUAUUGGGAAAGGUGCUAAUGUGGAUCACCAAGAUCACAAUGGUGACACCGCUCUCAUGAUAGCGUGCAUUCGUGACCAUACCAAGGUCAUUGAGUCGCUACUUGCAGUAAACGCUCGACUAGACAUCACAAAUCACUCGGGGAAAGCUGCUCUUGACUAUGGAGGUGAGUAUUGUGGAGAGGAUAGCAUCAUGCGACUCCUCCACCAUAGUACAGAUCUUGCCAUUCGCGACCAAUCUUCCGGCAUCGUUCUUAUUUCCGCAAGCAGGUCUGGACGUCUAGAUAUUGUCUCCUUGUUACUAGAAGACGCGGCAUUGAGAAUUUCUCUAGAACAUCUCGACCUUGCCUUGUCACGGUCGUUCUCAAGGGGAAACGACAAAGUUGUGAAACUUUUGAUCAAUCAUAGAGCGAAGUGUAGUACGAACUUCGAUGAGAUGCCGAAACCACUUCUGUCACAUGCUAUUCGGGAGUUUGGCGAUGAUGUCGUCUUGCUGUUGCUAGAUACGGGCAUCAACAUGGAAGACGAGGACGGCAGCGGAAUAGGGCCCAUUCAUGCGGCUGCAUCGACAGGCACAAAAUUAAUGGUGAAGAGUCUAAUAGACAAAGGCGUUUCUGUUAAUCGUCGUGCCUCAAUGGGGCGAUUGCCUUUGGACUUUGCAAUAAGGCGUGAAGACAAGGACAAUUCUAUCGCCAACUUUCUCCAAGAACGCGGUGCAAUCACUGAGGGAGAGCGACUAAUUCGCUCUUGGCGAAAUAAAAGGAGCAAGAUUAACUAA